AUGAGCAAACAAGUGCUAGAUGCCUCUGAUUUGGCCUUCCUCCUGGAAAACUGUAGCUCUUCCUAUUACUAUGAAGAAAACGAGACGGAUUCCUGCUGUGCCUCCCCACCCUGCCCACAGGAUGUCAGCCUGAACUUUGACCGGGCCUUCCUGCCAGCCCUCUACGGCCUCCUUUUUCUGCUGGGGCUGCUGGGCAAUGGUGCAGUGGCAACCGUGCUGCUGAGCCAACGGGCAGCCCUGAGCAGCACUGACACCUUCCUGCUUCACCUGGCUGUGGCAGACUCACUGCUAGUGCUCACCCUCCCUCUCUGGGCAGUGGAUGCUGCUGUCCAGUGGGUCUUUGGCUCUGGCCUGUGCAAAGUGGCAGGUGCCCUCUUCAACAUCAACUUCUAUGCAGGGGCCCUCCUGUUGGCCUGCAUCAGCUUUGACCGCUACCUGAGCAUAGUGCAUGCCACCCAGCUCUACCGCCGGGGGCCCCCAACCCGUGUGGCCCUCACCUGUAUAGUGGUCUGGGGGCUCUGUCUGCUCUUUGCCCUCCCAGAACUGAUCUUCCUGUCAGCCCACCAUGAUAAGCGCCUCAAUGCUACCCACUGCCAGUACAGUUUCCCUCAGGUGGGCCGCACAGCUCUGCGAAUGCUGCAGCUGGUUGCUGGUUUUCUGCUGCCCCUCCUGGUCAUGGCCUACUGCUAUGCCCGCAUCCUGGCUGUGCUGCUGGUUUCCAGGGGCCGACGGCGGCUACGAGCUAUGCGGCUAGUGGUGGUAGUAGUGGUGGCCUUUGCCCUCUGCUGGACCCCCUAUCACCUGGUAGUGCUGGUAGAUACCCUUAUGGACUUGGGGGCCUUAGCCCGCAACUGUGGGCGAGAAAGUCAUGUUGAUGUGGCCAAGUCAGUCACCUCAGGCUUGGGCUAUAUGCAUUGCUGCCUCAACCCACUGUUGUAUGCCUUUGUGGGUGUCAAGUUCCGGGAACGUAUGUGGGUGCUGCUUAUGCGCCUGGGUUGCCCUGACCAUAGAAGGAACCAACAGCAGCCUUCUUCUUACCGGGAUUCAUCCUGGUCAGAGACUACAGAGGCCUCCUAUUCGGGCUUAUGAGGCUGGAAGUGGGGGCUUCUCUUUCACCCACCCAACCUGAUUCCACCCACACUCCAGGAUCCUACCUUCUGAGGAUCCUG